AUGGGAAGACCAGAGAACUGUGGAAAUAAAGUGUACUACACAGAAGAAAUAGCAGAAAAAUACGAUAAUAGCAGUAGUUUGAACAACAUACAAAGCAGGCUUACCCAGAAAUGCCUGGAUAUCUUGGGGAACCCAACAGACUCGCUCAUUCUUGAUAUUGGCUGUGGAAGUGGUAUAAGCACUGAACAGAUCAUUGACGACGAUAACUAUACAAUUGGCAUUGACAUAAGCGUGGAUAUGCUGAAGCUGGCAAAGAAAAGGAUUGGAAACAUUACGUAUGGAGACCAGCCCGCUGAUAACUUCUGUGACUUUGCUGUUGUUGAUAUUGGGGAGGGCCUUCCCUUUAAAAGCGCCACCUUUGACUACGCAAUUAGCGUGAGUGUCCUGCAGUGGCUGGCAGUGCAGAAGGACUCUAAAAAGCUACUCAAUGCCUUUUUCUUCACUCUGUACGAUGCGCUUAAAACAGACGGAAUGGCUGUUCUGCAGUACUAUCCAGAGUCAGAUAAGCAGAUGGAGUCAAUUAUCAUGUGCGCCUCAAAAUAUGGAUUUACAGGCGGCACGCUUGUUGAGAACCAGGACAGCAAGAAAAAAAGAAAAACAUAUCUCAUUCUUGAAAUGGCCGGCGCAAAGGGCAAGUCAGUCCACAUCAGAGAAAAAAAGAAGGCGCGCACCUUUAAAAAGCCUGUUGCAAAUAAAGACCUAUCCUACAGAGAUUGGAUUAUUCGAAAAAAAGCAAAGAGAGAGGAAAAGGGCCUGGAAGUUCCAAGAACUUCAAAGUACACUGGGCGAAGAAGAUAG